CGACCCAUCAAACUCUAAAAACCGUGUGGGCCGGCUCGAAUGGACUGACCAUAUUGAUAGCUCUAACUGCCAACAUUUAAAAGGGAAAGAAAAACAAAACAAGAACUCCAUUUCAGCUUUGGAGCUCUUUCCGCUUUUUCUUUGCAUCUCUUCAUUAAACUAAUUCGUUUUUUGUUUUUCCAAGAAUUGGAUUACCAUGAUAAAAGGUAGUCGUCUUCCGUUGAAAGGGUGGCAGCAGGCUGCUGUUGCACUUGGUUCUGCAGUUGGUGCAUUAUUAGAUCCUCGAAGAGCAGAUCUUAUUGCUGCCUUGGGUGAGACGACAGGGAAACCAGCUUUUGAUAGGGUUCUUGAAAGGAUGAAGAAGAGCCCCGAAGGCAGAGAAAUACUGUUGGAACGACCUCGUGUGAUCUCUACAAAAGUGGGGCAUGCAUGGGACUUGCCUGAUAACACUUUUGGUGCUGCAUACGCAAGGUUUAUGGGAUCUAGGAACUUUUCACCUGAUGAUCGUCCACCAGUGCGAUUCAUGGAAACUGAAGAGUUGGCAUAUGUAGCUAUGCGGGCUCGCGAGGUGCAUGACUUUUGGCACACCCUUUUUGACCUUCCAACAAACCUGAUCGGAGAAACAGCGCUAAAGGUGAUCGAGUUUGAACAGAUGCUACUCCCUAUGUGUUUGAUGUCUGUGCUAGGGGGUACAGCAAGGUUUAGUGACAAGCAAAGGAGCUUGUUCUACCAGCAUUACUUUCCAUGGGCGCUUAAGGCUGGAGCUCGUAGCACAGAUCUUAUGUGUGUGUACUAUGAAAAACAUUUUCAUGAGGAUUUGGAAGAUGUUCGUCGCAAAUGGGGAAUAAUUCCAGCUCCACCUCCUCCAAGGCCAAAUGCAACAAUUGUUGUGCCUGUUUGAAGAUGAAGCAAAUUUAUCUAUGUUGCUUGGACUCUCCAAAGAUGUUGCUGGAUGUGUGUCCGAUCCUCUAGAAGUAGUGCAUUCGUGAAGGAUCCGACAGGGUUUCAGCAACAUUCUUGGAGAUUUCGCGCAACAUAGUAAUCUUGUACCUAAUUUCCAUACGAUUUUCUCUAUACAAACAAAUGUAAAUAUCUACUAUUGAGUGUAGUAACACAAAGUUGGAGCAUCAUACUCUAUAGACUAGUUUGCAGUUGUCUUUGCA